UGGCCCUGCUGCUUGCCAGCUCUGUGUUGUGGCAAGUUACUUCCCCUACUCAUAUUUCUUGGUUUCCUCAUCUGCUGCCUAUCCAGACUUCUGCGAGACAUUGCAUGUGACAGUUGGUGGCACAGAAGCUGCCUAGGAGCAGGGGUGGCUCCAGGAGUGGGAAUUUGCUUCAGCACUUCAUGGAACACAAGUGGGGCACUCGCUGACUCCUGGCCUCUCUGAACAUAGGACAUCUGGUUGGGCAGCUAUGGAGUGGGACAAUGGCACAGGCCAGGCUCUGAGCUUGCCACCCACCACCUGUGUCUACCGUGAGAACUUCAAGCGACUGCUGUUGGUGCCUGUGUAUUCGGUGGUGCUGGUGGCUGGUCUGCUGCUGAACGUCUGCGUCAUUGCCCAGAUCUACACGUCCCGCCGGGCCCUGACCCGCUCGGCCGUGUACACCCUAAACCUGGCCCUGGCUGACCUGCUGUAUGCCUGCUCCCUGCCCCUGCUCAUCUACAACUAUGCCCAGGGUGACCACUGGCCCUUCGGCGACCUUGCCUGCCGCCUGGUGCGCUUUCUCUUCUACGCCAACCUGCACGGCAGCAUCCUCUUCCUCACCUGCAUCAGCUUCCAGCGCUACCUGGGCAUCUGCCACCCGCUGGCCCCCUGGCACAAGCGUGGGGGCCGCCGGGCUGCCUGGCUAGUGUGUGCAGCCGUGUGGCUGGCUGUGACAGCCCAGUGCCUGCCCACGGCUAUCUUCGCCGCCACGGGCAUGCAGCGUAACCGCACGGUCUGCUAUGACUUGAGCCCACCCGCCCUGGCCACCCGCUACUUGCCCUACGGCAUGGCCCUCACGGUCAUCGGUUUCCUGCUGCCUUUUGUCGCACUGCUGGCCUGCUACGGUUGCCUGGCUCGCCGCCUGUGCCGCCAGGACGGCCCAGCGGGGCCUGUGGCCCAGGAGCGGCGUGGCAAGGCGGCCCGCGUGGCUGUGGUGGUGGCCGCCGUCUUUGCCAUCAGCUUCCUGCCUUUCCACGUCACCAAGACAGCCUACCUGGCAGUGCGCUCCACGCCGGGCGUCUCCUGCCCUGUGCUGGAGGCCUUUGCGGCCGCCUACAAGGGCACACGGCCCUUUGCCAGCGCCAACAGCGUGCUGGAUCCCAUCCUCUUCUACUUCACCCAGAAGAAGUUCCGCCAGCGGCCACACGCACUCAUACAGAAGCUCACCGCCAAGUGGCAGAGGAGGGGCCGCUGAGUUCGCCAGGGCGGGACACUCAGGGCCCAGGUGGCUAUCGCGUCUGCUGUCAUGACCAGGGCAUAGGCAGUCCCCCCAAUCGCAAACCAUAUGGAGAAUCAGAGCUCAGCAAAGCUGAGCAUGGAGUGCGGUCCCAGAAGUCCACCAACAAUUAUUUAUUGAGCCAUUUCUCUGGACCAAACCCUGAGGGCACAGAGACGGACAGGUCUGGGCCUUCUCUUGAGAACCAGUCAGCCAUGGAGAGUUGGGGAAACUGAGUUAAGCUGCUCACAAAAAUAUAGGGUGACAUGUACUGUCA